AUGGCAUCGUUCGUGGUACCGGUUGCAACAAGAUUUACUCGUGCCUCGAUUGAUAGUUUGCACAAUAUAAAUAAAAAUAUAUUACUUAGGUAAGAUUCUUUGUAGUUCGUUGUAUUAUUAAAACAUGCGACUCAUUGAACUUAUAUUGCAACAUACAUAUAGAGGUUAGAUUACUAUAUAAUGUUUAUUACUUUAUUAUCACAAACAUUUUUUAAAUGAUAUUGUAAUAUAUUUAAUAAAGAUGAUCGUAUAUUUUUUAAAGUUGUCAAAGAUUUAAAUGAAACCUUAUAUAAUUAACUAAUUAUGUUACUGGUAAAGGAAUUAAACAAUUCAUUAUGAUAUAAGAUAUGUUAAUAAAUGAAUACGUAUUAAUAAUGUUCUUUUUGAAGGAGAGAAAAGGAAUCAUGUCUUAAAAACGUUUUUCGUAAUUUGAAGGUUAACUCAACUAUCACAUGUUUCUUGGCAAAGGCAAGAGUAUAGUACAAUUACAGAAGAACAAAAAUCAGAAACUGGAGCACCUCCAGAAUUCACAGAAAAUGAAAAGAAAUUGAAAGCAGAUAUUGAACUUCUUAAUAAGGAGUUAAUAGACUUGAAAAGUCAUAAAAAUGACUUGGAAGAUAAAUACAAAAGAGCACUUGCCGAUGGAGAAAAUCUUAGGGUUAGAUUAAUUAAACAAAUUGAAGAUGCAAAAAUAUUUGGUAUCCAAGGAUUUUGUAAAGAUCUGUUAGAAGUAGCAGACAUUUUAGGCAAAGCAACAGAAAGUGUACCAAAGGAUGAAUUAACAGAAAAAAAUCCACAUUUGAAAACAUUAUACGAAGGCUUAAAGAUGACAGAGGCACAAUUACAUAAAGAGGUUGAGGGUAAAGAACCAGGAACAGUUGUAGUUGUAUCUAAAUUGGGUUACAAAUUACAUGAACGAGUAGUAAGACCAGCAUUAGUUGGUGUUGCCAAAGGAUAA